AUGUACUUCAUCUCCACCUUGAUCACGAUCACCUUGGCCGCCCUCGCCGGCAUAACCCUCGCCUCUCCAGCCGGAACAGGGGCAACACCAGUAUCCGAAAUCUCUACGCCACCCGCACCGGAAAAGGUGAUACCCACAAUCCCCGCCAACAUCGUCGCGACCGAGGACGGCACCUGCGGCAUCUUCAAGAACGGCACGACGUGUAAAGACACUGACCACGGUGCCUGCUGCUCACAUGGCGGGUUUUGUGGAAAUGGGCCUAGUUUCUGCCUCGAGGGAUGUCAGCCGAAAUUCGGCGACUGUGGAAAGGCCGCCAUGGGAAGCGCUGCACCAGCUGCGCAGCUUGCUGUCCUCCCCAUAUAA